AUGGGGUUGGCUUCUCAAAGAGAGCGAUCGAUUACCUUCGAGUCGCCGGAUAGCGAGAUGCUAUUUCCUAUGGUUGCGAGAAAUGCAAAGGACUCGAUUUUCGGCUUCCCCCCUCUGUCAUACGGGCCAAUCCUAGGUAUAGAUCCUGUUCUUCCAUCUCUGAUAUAUAAUGGGGAUGGUAUAAGUCAAGAAUCACCUGGAGGUUUUCCUUCUGGCCUGGGUGGCGACUUAGUUCUACCACAGGUUAUUGAUUCGCGAGCCAUGAUUAACUCCGGCCGAAAACCUAUUUCAUUUCCCGAUUUAUCUCAGGAUAUAUGGCCUAGCUCCGACAGCGCGAUGUCGAUGGACACACCGUCCUCUCCGGCGUUUUCGCCCCUUCCUGCAUUACAAGGACCGAGUCCUAUGCAAUCAGUUUCUGGAGACGCAUCCAUAGACGAGCCCCUUGAUUGGAAGGACUGGGAGAUCCGCGAGGCAUUAGAUGGAAUAUUACUUUUCCAGGCCCCUGAGCACUUUGACCUGAGCCCCCCUAACUCAGAUCACUUGAAUUCUGAGGUCGUGAUGCACUUUGCCGACGCGAAUCAGGUUGGGCAGCCCGGAGACGCGGAGCUAAUAAGAUUUGAUCAAAUUAUGGCAUGGCAUCCCACCUCUAGUAUCCAACUGCGACCCGAAGCCGAGGACCUCUCCCCCUCGGAUAUUGGCGGCUCUUGUGGGCUUCGACAGGCUGGCUGGAAUAUUGGAGGUGCUGUAGCCGCUCAGGGGGAAAAUUAUGAAUUGUGGCAGAGGCUGAAUCCGAGAGCCGUAAUGCACGACUCGGCGCAGGACCUUUUGCUUGAAAUGUCAUCCGAUACCCCGGUUCUAGUGGUCAUAUCAAACGGAAUUGAGCCACCGCGCCUUCCUCCGGGGGAGCUUCUACAUACCGAGGCCACGAUCCCCGAAGACUUUUUCAAGUCUCUUAAACAGGCCACGGAUCUGAUUACCAAAAGUCUAGUUAAACCAGCAUUUUGCCUCGUUGCUCUACCAAUCUCGAUGUUACACCCCAUUGCCAUUGGCCGGCUUAUGCACAGCUUGAUUGGCUUUCUGAAACAUCGCUACUCUGUACAUUUGAAGGUAAUCACCUAUACACAACGAUCUUCGCUUUGCCGCGUCCUUCUUUUGAUUCUUGCACCAACAGCAAUCGACCAUCGAUGGCUUGGAAAAGGAGCUACCGCGCUUUCAGUUCCGGAAUUUCUUUCCGCUCCAGACGAUGAUGCUGGUUCACCUGUUACCCGGCUGGCGCGUAACAAAGGGUUUGCGUCACCGUCUCUGGAAAUUUUCAAAGAGCGUGAUCGGCCUCUCGUUGAUACAGCAUCACCACCCCUUAUUAUGCAGAUUGCAGGCGAAAUGAUCCACCGCGCCGUAAUUCGGAUAAGUUCCUCGAAAAAGCGUCGUAGAAGCUGUAGCCCCCUACAACUCGACACUGGGUCGAAAAUAUUCAAGCGGUCCAUUGAGAAUGAAUAG